GUUAACAAUAGAGAUAAAUACUUUUAAAAUUAAGUGAAACCUUCAAAAAUUUUCUUCUAAAUCAAUCAAAUAAAUGGAAGAAACAGACAAAAGGCCUCAAUUUGGCAACAGAUUGCUUGAAAAUGUGGACGAGGUCUUUAAACAUAACGCUUGGUACUGUAUUUCAUAUUUCAAUUAGAAGUUGUACAAAAAUACGACAUACGAAUGAAGUGGCUUUGGAAAGCACAAGGCAUAGAAAGAAACCUGCCGGUGGAUCACGGCUUCUAAAAGACCGCAAUGACCUUUAUCUGUUCAAUGCAUGGGAUAAUGUGCAAUGGGAUGAGGAACAAGAGAAGGCAGCUCAGGAGAAAGUCGAACAAAACUCCCUCGUAACGUUUUCUGAUGAUACCUUGAAAGAUUUAGAAGAAAAUGCUGAUAAACACUGGGAUGAUUUUUAUGACAUUCACCAAAACAGAUUUUUCAAAGACAGGCACUGGCUCUUCACCGAGUUUCCAGAAUUAGCACCCGACAACACUUCAGCUCCCUGCCGAGUGUAUCCCAAUGACUCUAAUGUAAAUGACAUUGGAGUACAACUUCAAAACACAAACAUUGAGCCCAGUGUGAAAAGAUAUAUCUUCGAAAUUGGCUGCGGUGUAGGCAACACAAUCUUUCCCAUUCUACAAUACAGUCGGGAUCCUAAUCUCUUUAUUUAUGGCUGCGAUUUCUCCUCCAAAGCUAUAGAAAUUAUGAAAGAUAAUGAACUGUAUGAUACAAAGAGGUGUGAAGUUUUUGUACUCGAUGCUACCACUACAGACUGGAAUGUGCCCUUUGAAGAGAACAGCAUUGAUAUAAUUGUAUUGAUAUUUGUAUUAUCGGCUAUCGAUCCACACAAGAUGAAUGGCGUAAUAUGUAAUAUUUUUAAAUACCUCAAGCCUGGCGGUCUCGUUGUAUUUCGAGAUUAUGGAAAGUACGAUUUAGCGCAAUUGCGAUUCAAAAAAGGACGGUGUAUAUCGGACAACUUCUAUGCCCGUGGAGACAAAACCCUAGUAUACUUUUUCACACAAGAAGAAAUCUCCAAUAUGUUUAAAAGUGCUGGAUUUUUAGAGGAACAGAAUUUAAUUGACAGACGUCUCCAAGUAAAUAGAGGUAAAAAGUUGACAAUGUACCGAGUGUGGAUACAAGCUAAGUAUAGGAAACCACUAUGAUCUUGAUUAUAAAUGCUUGUACAAUAAAGUGUAUCAAAAAUCGUAA